UUUGCCGAGUACUCGAUAACAGACAUUUGGCAAACUGCUUGAUUCCACCAUUCCGGUAGUGGUCUGUACUUUGGACUAUGCUCAAGCUAUGUGACCCUCCUUAGGCCUUAGCCGCUCACCACAUUUGCACGCUCUAGUGAUAUCAACUAAAUAGUAAGGACUGGAAUUGGGCGCGUACGUUUGCUCCAAGAGAAAAAGGUAGCUAGUAGCUUCUAGCUAGCUACAAGAACGGCCGUGGCUAGGCAGCUAACGAUGGCCAUGGCAAAUCCAUGCUGCCGGCCGUCGUCACCACUGUGCCGGCUAGUGCAGUGCUCGUUGGCGCCGGCUCGACGGUCGGCGAACUACCCGCCCAGUUCCUGGGACUACGACUCCCUCCUGCAGUCGCUCAACAAUAUUGGCCAUGAUCGGGUUGGCGAUCCAAGGAACUUUGACAAGCUGAAGGCCGGCGUGAGGGAGCGGCUUGUGAGGGCGAGCAGAGGUGACGACCAGACUGCAAAGCUCAGGCUCGUCGACACUAUGCAACGCCUCGGCGUCGCCUACCACUUCGACAACGAUAUCGCCAGUAUCCUCACGUCCGUCUAUAUUAGCAAGCCUCCUAGGUGUAGCUGGGAUGAUGAUGGUGAUGUGGCUUCAGCGGCCUUAAGGUUCAGGCUGCUGAGGAAAAACGGUUUCGCAGUCUCCCUUACAGGGAAUUAUCUGGCACCAGCGUUUCAGAAUGACAACGCAGAGGGACUUCUCUCACUAUAUGAGGCUUCAUAUCUUUCAUUCAGAGACGAAGAAACAUUGGACGAAGCAAGAACGUUUUGUGCCAAUGGUCUCAGAGAGCUCCUGCCAUCCAUGGAACCCCACUUGCGGUCCAGCGUGGUACAUGCUUUGGACCUUCCACUGCAUUGGAGAUCUCCUAGACUAGAAGCAAGAUGGUUCAUACACCAAUACGCUAGAGAUGCUAGUAAUUCUGACCCGUUGCUCCUUCAAUUUGCUAUGAUGGACUUCGAGAGUGUGCAGACUGUGCAUCAACAAGAACUCGUAAGACUGCUGAGAUGGAGGAAGGAGACAGGACUUGGUGAGAAGUUCGGGUUUGAAAGAGACCGUCUCAUGGAGUGCUUCCAUUGUGCAAAUGGAAUUGUAUGGGAGCCAAACCACGGAUCAUGCCGGGAAAUGCUUGCAAAACUUAUAAGUCUACUCGUCAACUUGGAUGAUGUUUAUGAUGUGUAUGGAACCCUUGAUGAACUCAUCCUCUUCACUGACACCAUUGGAAGAUGGGAAGAAUGUCCAAUGGAGAUUCUCCCUGAAUACAUGCGCGCACUUUACUCCGUUAUGUACAACACAUCCAAUGAGGUGGCUAAUAAUGUACUGAAAAAACAUGGCUUCGACGUGCGUUCACUUUUUCAGGAAGCGUGGCAUGAUAUAGCGAAAUCGUUCUUGGUGGAGGCCAAAUGGCACCAUGGAAAUCAGAUACCAGCUCUCGUGGACUACCUGUACAACGGGGCAUUUUCAUGCUCUGGCCCAUUAUUGUUGCAACAUGCAUUUUCCAUGCUCAACAUGCAAGUCAACUCAAAGUAUAUACUGACCGUCCGAAGCUAUCCAAGAUUAAUCCAGUCGGCGGCGCUAGUUCUACGCCUCUGCAACGACUCUGCAACGCACUCUGCUGAACAGGAGAGGGGGGACGCACCAUCAUCAAUAGCUAUCCACAUGUUGGAGAACAACUCCAGUGAGCAUGAGUCUCGCAAAGCUUUGAAAGACCUUACCAUUGAUGCUUGGAGGUCAAUUAAUGAAGAUGCAUUCAAACACGACCAAUUUUCUAUAUCGUUUGCUAUGGCUUGCGUGAAUUUGGCUCGAACCUCACAUUGUGUUUACCAAGGAGGGGAUGGUUUUGGGGCACCGGAUGGUAGAAAAAAUGAGCAAAUCGCUGAGUUGUUCUUGGAGCCUUUGGGACUAACCAACAACGAUAAAUGGUAGCAAGCCCUCAAGCAUUGAGAGGUGUCGUUCGGAUUCCUUUGAAGUCAUAAAGAUUGUAUUCAUUUUCGAAAUAUGUUAUGUACUCCGUAAUUAUUUUUGGUGUUGGUGUUUACUACCAUAACAGACACAUUCUAUUUACUUUUGUGCCAUAAUA